UAGGACGGUUUAUAAACAGCUGAAACAGGGAGAGGGGGAUGUGAGUGGCCCCAGCGCUUCAACAGGAGUUUAUUGCUCCCUUUCACUGUCCACUGAAACUUUCUCAACUUUUAAUUUCAAGCCUUCAUAUUUUUCUUCCACCGCUGAAAUGACGACCACCGGGAACUCCCUGGCCGGGGAGGGGAUGUAUUCCCAACUCAUAGAGGACGAGGGCUCAUAUGACGAGUUCAACAGCAGGCCAGAUGUUGGACUUGGCGCUCACCCAGUGUCCCCAGUCAGAAUGAUCCCCAGGCCGAGUGGCCCCGGGCCCUACCGCUUCGCCAUCAUCUGCCUGGCAGUACUUUGUGCCAUCCUGCUGAUCUCCAUCAUAGCCGUCACUGCACACUAUAAGAGCAAGCCUCAGGGUGGUGGUGAAACGGCCUCGGAGAUACAUAAGCAGACGCAGGACGCAAAUGUGUCGGCUCUGACCUCUUCCAUCAGCAAGCUGCAGCAGGAGAAAAUCCAGCUGCAGAAAGAGAAAGACGAGCUGAAAGCCAAACUGGCCGCCGCCAUGAUCACUAAAGCUCCUGAGGUGAUAAAACCAACGAUGAAUGUGGAGCCCGCACAAAUAGUCUGCCCCACGGACUGGCAUCUCUUCAGCAACAGCUGUUACUUCAUCUCAAGAAACACGAGGGAUUGGCCUGAUAGCCAGUCGUUCUGCCAGAAACAAGGAGCUCACCUGGCCAUCAUUCACACGCCCGAGGAGCAGACGUUUCUGUGGAAUCUUCUACCCAGAGGCCACUGGAACGCCUACUGGUUUGGAAUCACUGAUGAGCACACAGAGGAUCAGUGGAAAUGGGUGGACGGCACCCCGCUGGUCGGAGGUUUUUGGGAGGUCGGCGAGCCCAACAACCACAUUGACGAGGACUGUGGCUACAUUGUGAAAACACGUGUGUUAGAGAGAGUGGCGAUCCGAAGCUGGUACGACGCCCCCUGCAGCAUGUACUGGCCCUUCAUCUGUGAGAAAGAGAUGGGUGCAGGUGCCAGCAACGCUGCACCCCACUGAGAAACAUCUUUUACAGAGGGAACAUGAGAGACACUUUUUCCUGAAAUGAAUAUAUGGUAUUUUGGACUUUCCCUUUUUUCAUUCAUAACAAAAGCAUGGACAGUCCGCUUUGUCCAGAACACUAGAUACACGCCUGGUUAAAAGUGUAUUAAAAUGGAUUAAUAAGUUUACAAUAGUACAGAGGAAACUAAAGGUAGCUGUACUCUGCAGCAGUAAUCAUACAUUUAUUUUUAUGAGUUCUUUAUACUGCUUUAUACCUUUGCUUCCUUAUGCAACUGACUAUGUAACGAAUAUCAGCAUUUAAAGAAACUUUUUUGAUUAUACUUAUAGAUUAUACUUUUAUACUUUAUUUCUUUUAGGCAUCUAAUAAUAAAAAUAGGAAUAUUACAUUAACACAAGAUAAAAUAAAAGGUGAAAAAGUCCAGUUAUGAUUAAAAAUUGUCAAUUAAUUUAAUCAUUACUAAAUUUAAACAGGUUACACCACACACAAACUAGUUCUUACAUACAGAUUAGUUGUUACUAAAUAUUAACACCCAGUUACAGCCAGGUUUGACUGCUACGUAGCUGAGCUAUGUACAAACCUAAUAGAAUCACUUUCACUGGCCAGGACUCGGUUUUACAUUGCUCUCAAUGUACAUGGACAGAACAAGCAUAAACAAACAGGACAACAAUCUCAACAAAAACAGACACAAACUACCAUGUGCAGAUAAACACAUUUAUACAUUUGUAGACAGCAACACAAUAGUGCAAUGCAGAGUGCAAAGGAUGCUGGACAUAAGGUAUUUUUAUGAACAUAAUUGGUAGCUAACAUAGGACACGUUAAGAUAUAUAUAUAUAGAAAUUAUUUUCUGACCAGACAAUGGAUCAAAAGGCUUUUUUAAAUCAUACUUUACAAACAUAAUACACAAAUUACAAAGUGUUAUGCGUACAUCAGACUUAACGACUAAAUAGCAUCAUUUAGUUUAGCAUAAUCUGAUAUUUCCCACACAGUAACGCCCAUUUAUCCAUGUAUCGUAAAACUUCAAUUAAUAGCCUGGGCUUUUAUUUGCUCAAAUCAUUAAUCUCACCCUGCCUGUAUUUGGGACGGCCGUCUUAUAUGGGACAGGACUUUAAUAAAUGAACAAUACUUUGGUGCUCACUGUUUCCGUAAAAUUAACAGAACAGUUUGUAGCAUGUCCAUCUUGACAUAUGUUUAAACAUUUAUAUUGGUAUGCCUUGCACAAUCUAAGCAGCUUAGAACUAGCUCAAGCGAUCGACCCGGUGGGCUUGAAGAGGUUUUGUACAUCCAAGAACUGUAAAAAACAGGCGUCUAAUUGGGAUGUUUUACAGUAUGCAUAUAUAAGUAAAAUAAUUAUAAUAAUACCUGCAUUUACAGUGGAUUGGCUGUUAACUUUAAUUUAUCUCUUGAAAUCUGUUAUUGGUGGAAGAUUCUACUAUUCUGUUUAGUUACGUUAGUAGUUAUUUAGUUAGUACGUAUUUUAAUGCUUUUGAUUGAACUGCACUUAUCUAUGCAGCUGAUUUACAUGUUACUUGAGUCUUUACUAGCUAAGAUACUGCUAACAUUUUACUAGCGCAACCUCAUGUAGUAAGUUGCACUGCGAUAGUUUCUAUAGUAAUAGUUUCAGGUUGCACUACAGGUUACUAAGAACUCAGGCGCUACAGUGUCUCAGUGUCUGUUAAACUGAGCUUUUUAGCACUCAAUAGUGUUUAUAUCAGAUAUAUGUAAACUGUACAUAAAUCAAGUGUCAUGAUGUUAAUAAUGUGUGAGUAUGACUGAUGUGUUAGUGAUGUCACCACUUCAGAAAAUGAUCAAUUUGAUGUUUCUAAAGAUGUCAAAGUUUUUGUGUUUUUUAAGCUACUCAGUUGAUUCUUUUGAAAUGUCACAUAAAUCAAAUAUUUGAAAUUAUGCAUAAAUGUGUCCUGUAGAUCUUGUAAAUAAAUAAUAAUGGUAAUUGUUUUGUA